CUGAUUUGUCAUAGUUGAGUUUGAGGAGAUUUGUUUGCAUCCAGUGUCUGAUAUCAGAGAGACAGUUUGAGAGGGUGGAGUAGGUCUGAGAGGUGAUGGAUUUGGUGGGGAUGUAGAGCUGGAUGUCGUCAGCGUAACAGUGGAAACGGAGGCCAUGACGACGGAUGAUCUGACCGAGGGGGAGGAGGUAGAGGAUGAAGAGGAGAGGACCAAGCACCAAACCCUGGGGUACACCUUGGGACAGGGGGGCAGUCGAAGAGGAGCAGUUGUUGAUGAAGAUGAAUUGCUUCCUUUCAGUAAGGUAUGAUUGGAGCCAGGUGAGGGCAUCAACCAGUUGAAACUUCUCGUGGUUAGAAUUCCUUCAGUGUUUGUUGUUCAGGAGGUUUUUAGCGGGAGGUCUCUUCCUCUCCAAAACAAACACGCCAGGUGAUUAGAAUCACUAAAAACACUGCAAAAAGCAGUUUCACGCUACAAAUCAGUUCCUCUCCGAUGCUGCUCUGCAUCUUGGGGCUCACCCAGAACAUGCUGUUGUGUGCUCAUCUUUUUCUGAUCCUGGCGUCAAGAGUUUUUGUACAGUGAACUGAAUUAUCCACUGAGGUCUCUUUCUUCUUUGAGCAGCUAGUGGAAUACUUUUCCAGAAGGUUCAGAAGGUUGUCACUGCCAGCUCCAUCAGCUGAUUCACAUUUAAAGUAUAUUCUAUAUUUCAACUCAAACUAAAAGCUGAAUAAAACUGUGCAUGUGACUGCAGGUGUAUGCAAAACAUGAUGAGGAACAUCUGCGCUCUCGUCGUCCUGCUGCUGCUUCCUGCUGUGUGUGAGGGACAGCUGAGAGCUCAGGACUUCAUACAUCAGGAAUACUCAAUGUCCUGGAAAGAGGCUCAGGCCCACUGCAGGGCGCAUUACACUGACCUGGUCACCAUCGCUGGGAAAAUUGAGAAUCAGAACUUCGUCAACAGCCGGGGAUGGAUCGGUUUGUACCGAGACAAUUCAACCUCUCUGUGGAAAUGGUCCGGAAGAGACGAGAUAGCCAACUUCACCAUCUGGGACAGUAAUGAACCCAAAGCUGAUGAGAACUGUGCUUUUAAGUACUCACGUACAGAGAAAUGGGAGAGCGAUAAAUGUAGCAGCAAGCACACUUUCUUGUGUUUCAACGAGAAGCUGGUCCUGGUGAAGGAGAGGAAGACGUGGGAGCAGGCUUUACAGCACUGCAGGGCUCUGGAGGCGGUCAACUCCAACCAGCCAGCCACUGAUUACCAGAACCACCGCUAUGACCUGGCCACCCUGCACAGUCCAGAUGACCACAAGUACGCAUGGGAGAAGGCAAAGUAUGCCCCCACUAAAGAGGUAGGGCAGUUAUUCACAGUGAGUGUGUGUGUGUGUGUGUGUGUGUGUGUUACAACUCCUCCUCUGUGGUGGUAACAUGUCUCUGUUACAUGUCUGUAGGUGUGGACAGGCCUGCGUUACCUGGCUGGUCAGUGGGUGUGGGUGGGCGGAGAACGAGUGCAGUACCUGGAUAUGAAAAGUUGCCCCACCGUCAGGUUUUGUGGCACCUUCCCAAAGAACAUCACCAAG